AUGUCGCGCUCUACUAUCGAAACGGAGACACAAAUUUUAACCAACUUCCUCCUUUCCAAUUCGACUUUUCCUGAUAUGGUCGACUUGAAGACCUUCCGUUCUCUCUUUCCCAAGAACCUCCAAGACCACCCUCAUGUGAAGCAUCUCUACAACCACCUAACCUUGAAACACGCUGCUACCCUUGAAACCGUUCGCAAGAACAUCGAUUUCGAAGCGAAGAUGUCACACCAGCUUCUCAAACGCGAGAGACGAGAAACAGCUAAUCAAAACCGGGAUGAAGACGCGGAAAUGCUAAACCAGACGGACAUUAAUAACGUGAUGGAGGUAUACGGGGAAAUGCCGGCUCCCAAAAGCAAUAUAUUGCCCAUCGAGGACAUUGUCAAAUCGCUCGAGGUUGCCAAUCAAAAAUUACAGAUGGAAAUGGAGAUUUUGGACGAGGAUUGCGAGAGAUUGACUCAGGAGAUCAAAGACAUUGUCGGGGACCUAAGUACCCUCAAGUUUGGGAGCUUCACGGGCGCAAAUGAAGGGCUCGUUGAUAGUGUCAUCGAGGACCUGGCAAGACUGCAGGAUACUUGCGAUCAGGUGGUGAAACCUGCCGAUUGA